GCGGUUUUGGCGCGGCGCUUGGUGGCGGGAGUCGGCGCCGCUUGGCGGGAGGCCGCGCGCUCGGGCGCGUCUUGGCCAUGCUGUGCCGGGCGCUGCUCCGCCGCGCCGCCGCCACCUCCGCCGUGCCCCCCCGUCAGCCCUCGGCGCUUCCCCUCCAGCAUCUCCUCGAGAGCUACGCGUGCCGCCGGGAGGAUGAUCACCUCUCCUACGGGGAAACCGGCAUGCCGGUCCCGCCCUUCGGCUGCCGCUUCUCUGCAGCGCCGAACUUCGAGCAUAUAUUGGCAGUUGCAAAUGAAGAAGGAUUUGUUAGACUGUAUGAUACCGAAGCUCAAACAACCAGCAAAGUGAUCUUCAGAGAAUGGCAGGCUCACUCAAAUGCUGUAUUUGACCUUGCCUGGGUACCAGGAGAACACAGGAUUGUCACUGCUUCAGGAGACCAGACAGCCAAGGUGUGGGAUGUGAGAGCUGGGGAGCUUCUUGGCAUAUGCAAAGGUCACCAGUGUAGCCUCAAGUCAGUUGCUUUCUCUAGAUUUGAGAAAGCUGUCUUCUGUACUGGAGGCAGAGAUGGAAACAUCAUGGUUUGGGAUACCAGAUGCAGCAAGAAAGAUGGAUUUUAUAGGCAGGUGAAUCAAAUCAGUGGAGCACACAACGUGGUUGAUAAGCAGACUCCUUCCAAGCUCAAGAAGAAGAGGCAGAACCUAAGAGGUCUUGCUCCCCUGGUGGAUUUUCAACAGAGUGUAACUGUGGUGCUGCUUCAGGAUGAACAUACUCUUAUCUCUGCAGGAGCUGUUGAUGGCGUGAUCAAAGUUUGGGACUUGCGCAAGAACUAUGCUGCUUACCGUCAGGAUCCAGUGCCUUUCAAGUCUUUCUGCUACCCUGGCACCAGUACUCGCAAACUGGGAUAUUCUAGUCUAGUUUUGGAUUCCACUGGUGCUAAUCUCUUUGCUAACUGCACUGACGACAGUAUCUACAUGUUCAAUAUGACAAGUUUAAAGACCACUCCAGUGGCGGUUUUCAGCGGACACCAGAACUCCAGCUUUUACAUCAAAUCUAGUACUAGCCCAGAUGACCAGUUCCUGGUGAGCGGCUCGAGUGACUGCAACGCGUACAUCUGGAAGGUUUCUGAACCCAGCCUGCCUCCAAGGAUACUUGUUGGUCACUCUCAAGAGGUUACUUCCAUUGCUUGGUGUCCUUCAGACUUCACUAAGAUUGCCACGUGCUCUGAUGACAACACUGUGAGAAUUUGGCGCCUACAACACUGUCCUGAGGAGGAGAAGUCAGCGUCCAGUAAAACCAACUUGGUGGGCUGGGCCACACAGAAGAAAACAGAACAUCGUGGAGCAGGAUCACCAUCCAGCCUACAGAAUACUCCUGCCAAGGCUGUCACAGUGGGCAAUCCGUGUGUUUCCUCGCCACGUCCAGCUGCCUGUGCUCCCAGUUAUUCUGGAGACCUUCCUCUUUCUACAAACACUCUUACAGUCUCCCUCAAAACCCAAAUUGCUGCAGCCUGCACACCAGCAAAGCGGACUGGAGCCAGCCCAUGCGCUUCUCCCAAACCUGUGACUUCCUCCAAAAUGUCCAUUAAACACUGGGUUACCAGGACUCCAUCCUCUUCUCCUCCAGAAGUGGGGAAAAAGGCUCUUUCUCCUAGAAAAGCCCUGGCAGAAGUCACACAAGGUCUCCUAGAAACAUCUAGCACUCCUAAAGCACCACACUCACAGGUUGAAAAGCGUGCCAAGAGGAGGCUCGACUGCAGCAAGGAAGGCGAUGUGAGACAGAAGUGUCUGCAGGCCUGUAGCUGUGUGACUGAACUGGACCACGUGGCUAAGAAGUCCAAGCUAAACUUGUGUCACUUGGCUGCAGAGCAGAAAGCUUGUGAUGAAGGCUCUCUAAGUCUGGCUGACCUGGAUAAUGAGCAAGAAGGCUCUAGCCACAGCCCAAAAGAGCCUUCUCUUUCUGGAAGCCGUAUUAAUCCAUCCGGUGUUCAAACUUCCCCUCUUCCUUUCCAAUCUCCAUGUGGAAAAGGCACAGAUGUGGUAGAUAAGGAGAAUAGUUCACCUGAACGAAAAAACUGGCUGUCUGCUCUGGGAGAGAAGCUACGGACUGGCAAAGCUGGCAGCCCCCCGUCAUCUUGCAGUCCCAGCGCAAAACGACAGGAUGCUGCAGCAGUGGCCACCUCACCGAAAAAUGCUGUAACCACUCCAUCUUCCAUGAGGAAGAUCUGCACAUACUUCCACAGAAAGCCACAGAAUGACUGAAGCAGUGUGUGGCAGUUGCACCUGAUGGAUGUUGACACUGUGGUAUUGAGACCAGAUUUAGCAGCGCUGCCAGAGCAACGUGCUGGGAUUACACAGUUUGUUUUCAGACCUCAGUAAACUUGGGUUUUUACUCUCCUCUUUUUAAAGCCAUUAACAUUUGAAAUCAACCAAGCGUGGAAAAUUAUCAUAAUACUUAGACUCAUGGUUUCUUAAUUGCUUCAGCUGAUGGAUCUUAUUUUGUAAAGAAAACAGAGUAUUUUUUAUAUGGCAACUGUUACCGUCCAAAUUGAGCAACAGCUCUGCUGUGCAUUGUUGACAGGCACAUGAAGCUUGUCUUUUAAUGUUACUAAUCUGCUGUUGAAAUUUUCUCUGCUUAAAGAGUACUGUGUGAAGCAUUGCAGAAAAGUAAGUGUUGUGUGUCAAGAAGCCUGUGCUGGAGGUAGAGCUAAACCACUUCAUGCUGAAUGGCAUUUCCAGUUAUUCCUCUCAUACAGCAACAACAACCGAGCAAGGAAGUUAUGAAAGUGUAAAUAAUACAGAAGACUUUCAAAUGCCCUUGUAUCCAUCUCCAUCCAAUGGCACAACUGAUUAUAUUCCGAGAGGAGAGAGUAUAAUCAAGUACUUAACACCUGUACUCCUCUUACCAUCCCCUUCCUUCUCCAAGUCUGAAAACUUCUGUAUUUAUAAACUUAGCUGGCCGUAGGACCAUCAGCACUACAGCUGUUGAGACCAACAGCUUGUCGCUUCUCCAAAAUAAAAUAUUGGCAAGACGUGUUACAAAAGUUAGUUCAAUCUGUCCCAAAUAGUGCUCCGUAACAGCUGGUUGCUCAGCAACUUCUUACAGAUUCAGCCUGCAGCAAAGGCAUUAAUAACUGCUUGUAAAAUACCUUUAUAACACUUAUAAUACAGUAUUUAUAAAAUAAUACCUUGUAAAUUAGGGGGCACUUCACAUCUUAGAAAGCACUUCACAGCGUUUACAUAUUAAUGUUUUAUAUGCUUUCCCAUCUGUAAGUCAUCACUGAUGCUGAUAGAACAAGGUCAGUAGCUGAAAUGAGAUCACUGUCCUGCUGGCUAAUGAUAAUAACCUUGUGGUCAUGGUUUCCCGAGAGGUGGUUAGUAAAAGAUCUGUAUCUUAGAUUGGAGCAUUUACUCUGUCUUCUGGUAUGAUGGUUCCUAUGAACUUAAAUAAAUAAACAGCACCUCAGAAUCCCUAUUAAGUCUUUAUAUUGCAAAAGUAUUGAGGUAUUUGAUGGGGAUGUGCUCCAGCUAACUGAUGUUUUCUGUCUGAAAAUUUCAGACCUACUUUACAGCAUCAGCUAACUGAUGUUUUCUGUCUGAAAAUUUCAGACCUACUUUACAGCAUCAUUGAAUUACUAUGGUAGUUGAAAGGGAUUAGAAGAAAACAUGCUGGUUUGUAUUUUGCUGUGGAUUGUAUUUUGCAAGGAAGUAAAAUACAUGAAAGAACUGGCUUCUGUGAAAGGUCUCUUGUAGUUACAAAGCAAAAAUAAAUGGGUAACGUAAUUUAAAGGAGAAAAAAAAAACAAACAAAACAACAUCAAGUCAUCAUCAAGUUGAAGCUUUUAGCAGGAGCACUCAGGUACAUGUAGGUACCAGAACAACUUCCUCUUGUUUAUUGAAUUACAACCCAUCAUCCUGUGACCUUUGAGGAGAUGUCAUUAAGUUGGAAGAAAGUGGGAAAGGCAAUGUAGUGCUUCGGGCAUUUUUUGGUAGUUUUUUUAAAGAAAAAAAAAUAAAUUGAUUAUCUGAACAGAUAAUAGCUUGAGUAAAAUGGGAAUAAAAAUCUAUUAGUUUAAUAUUAACCUACUUCUGGAUAUUGAGCUGUAUAGGUGGAAGUAGCAAAAAUAUAACAAGGCAAUCUGGUAGGUUUGUGAUUAAAUUCUGUCUGAACUGUAAUUAAUCAGAGCAACUGCGUAGGAUUCAAACUGCCUUGCCUACAGCCAGUCUUCCAUAACAGGUUGCAGAAUAAGGAGAUAAGGACCUUCUUGAAGUAUGAGUGUCUUGUCAGCCAUUUCAACAGCAAUAGGAUUUUGUGUUCCACCAUAUCUUUCACAAUAUUUUCAUCCUCCAGGAAUGUUCUACACUCAAAGUAUUAUCUCCUGUAUCUUGUAAAUGACUACCUAGGGAUGAUUUACACUAAAGGUUGUUCAUCCCAGUGGUAACCAUCAGUGUGGAUGGGAGAUUUUCACUUUCUAAACAGUACCUGUUUAGCAGGAUCACUUGUUCUUCGGAACAUAGGCUGUAAUUCCUGUCACCUUAAGGUGCGGAAGCCUGGUUCAGAGCCUAGGAGAAGUAACUGAAGCUCAUAUUUUUCCAUGUCAAAAUGCCUUGAUCUUGUGACAGAGUCAUGAUUGCAGGAGCAUCAAAUCACUGAAACAAAUCAUAUGUCAAGUGGUUUAAGGUAACAGGUCCUGUCUUUACCUGAGACACUUGUUGAACUAAGCACCAAGGGCUAUGCCUUCAAGGAACUGAGCUCUUGUUUUGAGCUAGCAAGCUACAUCUCUGAAUCAUCUUUCCUUCUAAAGGACUGACAGAAAUUCUGUACUCCAUGAUUGCUUCUUUUGAAAUAUUAUUCCCCAAACCCCAUAUGUAUAUCAAUUCCAUCUUAUGCAGGUUUUAUUUUGCAGGCUUUCCAUGCAGAAGAUACUUCUUACUGAUGUCUUUCUCCUCAGUGUUUACCUUCUAAUUGCCAAGUGGGAUUUGGGAAUGACCAGGGCUGCUUAUGAUAGUACCCUUUCCAAUAGUUGUUACUAAUGCUAUGUUGAAAGUUAAGCCUGGCACUGCUCAGCUCUGAGCAGUCAACCAGUUUAGCUUACUAGCAGUUUUACAGGCUGGCAGUGGCUUUGAGCUAGCCUGGCUUGACAAAACUGAAGAGAUGCUUGGUCAGCUGGCUUUGGCAAGUAUUUCUUCUGGUAACAGUGCCUACUGAAAAAUCUCUUGGGGAAGCUAACUCCAAAGAAAACCAAAAAUUGAAUUGCCAUGGUUCCCUGACUCAGUAGAUAGCUAUAUCAAAACCAUUGAGGCGAUGGAAGUGACGAUCUGGGGACACCAUUGCCCACUAAGAGGACUGUUCCAUCAAACUAUUUCUUGAAGUGUACAGUUGGUAACUUCUUGUUGGCCAGGGAUUGCUAAAGUCUUCCUUUGGCACAGCUGACCAUGGCUGAAAUCUGGAUUUCUUACCUUCAUACCACCCUGUAGACUGAUCUACAAAGGUUGAUGGAAAAUACGCUAUUGUGCCAUAGAAAAAAGGUUCUAGGUGCUCUCUGUAUGUGGUAUAUAAUUUCUUAAUCUUUGUUUAGAAAUAGAUGUAUUUCAGCUAGGAAUUUACCAAAAGUGUUUGGUAGCUGGCUAGAACUGUCCCAAUACUCAAGGGUAAAGACAUCCCUCAAGGUCAGGUAUUAAGACUGUUUUUGUAGCCAAUACUGGUUUGGCAGUAAAUGGAAAACAGUGUUUGGACCAUCUUCAGGUCCAUGACAAUCAAAUUUCAUUCUUCCUUUCUGAAGCUGACCUAAACAGUUUUCAACUUACUUGGAAAUUAUCACACUUUGUUUCUCUAUAUUUUGUUGAUAACAGUUAACCCAAUGGCUUGCAAUCUUUUGUUCUCUGUGACUCAGUCCACAAUAAAUAAAAUACAUUCUGCUCCUA